CGGCGCGCGCGCGCAGCGAUGGCGGAGGCGGUGGAACGCACGGACGAGCUGGUCCGGGAGUACUUGCUCUUCCGUGGUUUCACGCAUACACUGCGGCAGCUGGAUGCGGAGAUCAAGGCGGACAAAGAGAAGGGGUUCAGGGUGGACAAGAUUGUGGACCAGUUGCAGCAGCUGAUGCAGGUGUAUGACCUGGCUGCCCUUCGGGAGUAUUGGAGCUACCUGGAGCGCAGGCUCUUCAGCCGCUUGGAGGACAUCUAUCGGCCCACCAUCCACAAACUGAAAACCAGCCUGUUUCGCUUUUAUCUUGUCUACACAAUCCAGACAAACAGAAAUGACAAGGCCCAGGAAUUCUUUGCAAAGCAGGCCACAGAACUCCAGAACCAGGCUGAAUGGAAGGACUGGUUCGCUUUGCCCUUCUUGCCGUCCCCAGACACCAACCCCACUUUCGCUACCUACUUCUCCCGACAGUGGGCCGACACGUUCAUCGUCUCUCUGCACAACUUCCUGAGCGUCCUCUUCCAGUGCAUGCCAGUCCCUGUGAUCCUGAACUUUGAUGCAGAGUGCCAGAGGAGCAACCAGGUUCAAGAAGAGAAUGAACUUCUCCGUCAGAAGCUUUUUGCACUGCAAGCUGAAAUCCAUCGGUUGAAGAAGGAAGAGCAACAGCAGGAGGAGGAAGAGGCCUUGGUUCAGCACAAGCUGCCCCCUUACGUCUCCAGUAUGGACCGCCUAGGGGACUCAGAGCUAGCCAUGGUGUGCAGCCAGAGGACUGCCUCCCUCUCCCAGUCGCCUCGAGUGGGCUUCCUGUCCUCAUUGCUGCCCCAGAGUAAGAAGAGCCCUUCAAGGUUGUCACCUGCCCAAGGCCCCCCUCAGGCUCAGAGUUCAGCCAAGAAAGACUCCCUCAGCAGUCAGGCUACCAAGGGAAAGGACCCAGUGCCCGGGGCCAAGGAUGGGAAGAGCCUUCUGAGUGGGCCGGUGCCUGGAGAGGCCAGCUGGACACAUCAGCGCCAACGGCGUCUGCAGGACCAUGGAAAGGAGAGGAGGGAGCUGCUUUCCACCUCCUCCUCCCAGUGUGCAGAGAAGAAGCCAGAAGGCAGCGGCCCAGAAGCUGAGCCCAGCCUGGAACUCCACACGGGAACAGUGGAGCCGCUGGCCCGGGUGUCCACAGCAGGCUCUGAGGGAGGACGCCCCGAGCAGCCCUUCAUAGUGCUGAGCCAGGAGGAGUAUGGGGAGCACCACUCAUCCAUCAUGCACUGCAGAGUGGACUGCUCCGGUAGGAGAGUUGCCAGCUUAGAUGUGGACGGGGUCAUCAAAGUGUGGUCCUUCAACCCCAUCAUGCAGACCAAAGCGUCCUCCAUCUCUAAGUCACCCCUGCUGUCUCUGGAGUGGGCCACCAAGCGAGACAGGCUGCUCCUGCUGGGCAGUGGUGUGGGGACGGUGCGUCUUUAUGAUACGGAAUCCAAGAAGAACCUCUGUGAGAUCAACAUCAGCGAUGACAUGCCCAGAAUCCUGUCUCUUGCCUGCAGCCCCAGUGGGGCCUCUUUCGUCUGUUCAGCUGCAGCUCCGAGCCUCACCUCCCAGGCGGACUCCUUGGCCCCAGACCUUGGCAGCAAAGGCACGAACCAGGUUCCUGGCAAGCUGCUGUUGUGGGACACGAAAGCCAUGAAGCAGCAGCUCCAGUUCUCACUGGACCCAGAGCCCAUUGCUAUCAACUGCACAGCUUUCAACCACAAUGGGAACCUGCUGGUCACCGGGGCAGCUGAUGGUGUCAUCCGGCUCUUUGACAUGCAGCAACACGAGUGUGCCAUGAGCUGGAAGGCCCACUUCGGGGAAGUCUACUCCGUGGAGUUCAGCUGUGAUGAGAAUGCCGUGUACAGCAUUGGUGAGGACGGCAAGUUCAUCCAGUGGAACAUCCACAAGAGUGGCCUCAAGGUGUCUGAGCAUGGCCUCCCUUCAGAUGCCACUGGCCCCUUUGUCCUGUCUGGCUACAGUGGCUACAAGCAGGUUCAAGUUCCCAGGGGCCGACUCUUCGCUUUCGACUCAGAGGGCAACUACAUGCUGACGUGCUCUGCCACGGGGGGCAUCAUCUACAAGCUGGGCAGUGACGAGAAAGUUCUAGAGAGCUGCUUGAGCCUGGGUGGCCACCGGGCCCCUGUGGUCACUGUGGACUGGAGCACCGCCAUGGACUGUGGGACCUGCCUCACAGCCUCCAUGGAUGGCAAGAUCAAGCUGACCACCCUCCUGGCCCAUAAGCUCUGAUGUCCUGCCUGCAGUGACCCGUCGGAAACAGAACUGUCCCCGGUGGAAGAGAGGCGAGACAGAGAACAGACAGUGCUUCCGGCUCGGCGGUGUCGGGGCUGUGGAUCUUCAGGGAAAGGCUGUGUUGGGGGCCCAGUCAUCCAGCUGCAGCUAACGGAGCAGGAGCCUCUGGAGCGGGCUGUCUGUGCUUCCUAGAGACUCGAACUGUGGCCGAAGCAGGACAUGCUACAGAGCACAGGAUAAAACGACGAGGAAGGAGCCUCAGUGGUGCAUGCCGUGCUCAUGGUUCAAGAGGAAUUGACAGUAUUUUGUACAUAAUUGCUUUUCUUUUUUUUUUAUUUUUUAGGAAAAAAUGAGAGGAGAGAGAGAGAGAGAGAGAGAGAGAGAGAGAGAGAGAAUAUUCUUAUAGUUACUUGGUGUCUCUUUCCAGAAUGUCUGAGUCACCUGGUCCUAGCGAUAGCCAUGGCUUCCUUGGUUUUUGUACCUCAGUUCUUACCCGCCACCACUGCCAUGUUGCUGGCGGAACCCCAUUAGGUUCCCUGUGACUUUGCCAGAGUUGAGAUGUAGCCCACAAUACCAUCUUCUGGGCUCAACCCAAGAUCAGUGUAUCUUCUGCUGGACCUGAUAGCUAUUACCUUUGGUUAAGAGGGUUCUCCAGACAACAGCAGGGCCUGAAGUCUGGGCCCCCAGAUCCCCUUUUCCUCAGGGUCAUCUGGUCCCAGCACUGUCAUUUAGUGGCUCCUCUCAUUCUUCCAGCCUGAGGUCUCUGAGCUGCCUGUACCUCCUGCCUGGCUCGGCUGAGCCUGGGCCAGCGAUCUCUGUACACUUGUACUCUGUUCUCUCAUUUGGGAAGACCUUGCAGAGUGGGGAGGAACCCAAGCCCCCUCCAUUAUCAGUUCUACAUCCUACUGUUGAGGCCAGCCUGGAAGGAGCCACUAUAGAGUCAGUGAGCCUGGGCCUGGGCCUCCCACACUUAGCAGGGGUGACCUUGUUACCUACCUAGGGAAUGUCAGCUCCACGGACAGUGACUGUUUGGAACAGUCAUUUGAUAGCUUCUUUGGGCUCUAGGCUAGUUGUGGGCUGUGGGGCUGGAGUGGGGUAACUCCUAGGUACCUACAUUGGGAAAAGCAGCAGCAUACUGCGGCCUGGGCUCCCUUCUGAGGCUGAAGGGAAAAGUAGAAAGUGAUAUAUAGGAAAAACCAGAGUAGUACUUUUCUAUUUAUUACUGGUGUGUAUUUGUGUGUGUGCACGCAUGUGUGUGCAUGCAUGCGGGAGGGCAUAUGCCACAGUAGAGGUCAGAAGACAACUUGGUAGACUCUCCAUCCACCUUUAUGUGGGUUUGGGAGGAUCAGACUCAGGUGGCCAGGCUGCAUGGCCAGUGGCUUUACCUGCUGAGCUAGCUCCUAGUUAUCUCUGACAUGAAAAGAUUAACUCUUUCCCUGCCCUUUCUCCAUAACUGUCUCACCCAGAUUCGUGACCCUGGGUUUCAUUUGAGUUAAGAGCCCAUGGGCUUAACUUUUCCUCCCAAAGUUUUUCGGUCUUCAGAAUACAUUCUUUCUGACCAGAGCAUUCCCCACACCUUGCGGAAGCAGUUUUAAGGCUCAGAAACAGAAGAACACCCCAGAACCUGUCUGUCCCUCCUACCCUGUCCCUCCCAGGAAGAGCACUCAUCUGCAGAGCAUGUUGGAACAUACCCUUUCCUUCAGAGAACCGAUUUUGGAAUCCUCGGGUGCCGUGGUAGUAAAACCCCCUCCUCUACUGUCUUGAAUGAAGGUGUUUGCUGGAAGCACAACCAUGAAGGCAGGCUACCCCGGACUGAGCCACUCUGCUGGGGGGGAGAACCUGUCUUGGCUUCUGUGAAAAGCCUGGCAGGUGGAAAUUCCUAUUUCUCCCUUGUGCUCAGGGACCUAUCUCUGCUCAGCCCCAAGCCCAGUCUCUUGGUGUUCAAACGCCCAGGAGCUCGGCCUGAGGUCUGGAAGUACAGUCGUAAAUACACGGUGGGCUGACUAAACGAAGCUGACUGACACUUGUUACUAUAUCCAGUAACCACAUACUUUUACCUGUCGUUUUAAAAAUAAUAAAAAACCCACAUUGACUCCAGCACAAGCAAAUCUAGCUUGGUUCCUUACUCCUCCCUGCAGCAGGCUUUGUAGGCAGACACACGGGUUCCUGGUCUUAAGCCUUGUUUGCUAGGUGGCCAUGGAGAAGUUUUAAGAAGUGUGCAGGCUUGGGGAGUUAGGAUAAGAAGCAAAGGAAACACACCCUCCCAUCCAGCCCUGUUAGACAUGGUUGCCUCGCAUCCGGUGAGGUUGAGGACUCUUACAGUCAGUGAAUGCCACUGUCACCACAGCCAGGUACACUUUCAUUACACUCCCAGAAAGGCUGGAGUCUAACCCGGCUCAAGAGCAGCUGGCUAAGCCGCCCCUAGCUCUUUGGGAGAUUGGAAGCCAUUGGUUUAUGCCACUAAGAGAUCGGAUUUUCAAUUUCCUGGCUCAGGCUGUUGGUUUAAGAUUUAGGAUUCGCAUUCAAAAAGAGGCUGGUAAGGGCACUGGAGAAGACAGAGGUUCCUCAGGGGAGCCGUGUGUGUACCCAUCCAAAGAUUGCAGUUCUAGAACCCGACAGAAACUGCUGUGUGAUUCAUCGACCUGCUGUAAAAAUAGUCUUGAUUUCUCCAUUGGGGCAGACAGAAUCCGAUCUGGGCUUCCAUUUACUUCAGCGUGCCAGGGAAGAACCUCCCCUGUGACGGCCUGCUCCGGUGUUUUCGGUAGACUCCAGGGGCUUCUCCCCUGAAAACCCCCGGGAAA